CUAAUUCCCAGAAGGCACCAGCAGGAGGUGCCGCAGGGGUGAGUCUGCUUGUCUACACCCUGCUAACUCCCCAAUAUCCAUGGUUGCUUUAAUGAUGGAAGUUAAGGAGCCCCCUUUCCUGUCCCUCACCUCUCUCUUAAUUCAUGGGAGGCUCCUUUACAAAGGGGGGGAUGGGGAAGGCUGGUCUUUCCUACUCAGCCCCUUCACCAUGCCCACCUGGGGAACAGCAGGUGGCCCCAUGGCAAGUUCUGUUUGGCAGCUGUGACCCUUGCUGGUGCCAGGUAUUGAAGAUAAUUAGGUAGCUGUGGAAUUUAUUUGCCCUCCCUACUAGCGUCAUGGAGGCUAGUGACAAUUGUGGCCUUGCUCUGCCCCUUCCGCCCUGUCGGUGCGAGGGUAAAGGUAGCGCAGCUGCCGUUUCGACCUCCCCCCUUUGAGCCGCUACCAACGGAACGGUGACACAUGGAGGGGUGGAGCUAGAGGAACGUUGUCACUCCACGAGGUGGAGCGAGUGCAAGGCGGAGACGCUUCUAGGGGCGGAGCAUGUGGAACGUUCAGACCGAUGUGGGCGUGUCUCCGGCGCGCUUCGCUAUAAAGAGGCUUGAGCUGGGGGCUGCGCGCACGGACGCAUUGACCUUUCAGUCUCCUUCGGGUCCGCGCCUAGAGAGCAGCGUCGGUCCCCAUCAUGGCACCAAGGAAGUUCUGCGUGGGGGGGAACUGGAAGAUGAACGGGGAUAAGAAGAGCCUAGGCGAGCUGAUCCACACCCUAAACAGCGGCAAGAUCCCGGCGGACACUGAGGUUAUUUGCGGAGCCCCCUCCAUUUACCUUGAUUUCACCCGUCAGAAGCUUGAUGCAAAGAUUGCGGUUGCAGCACAAAACUGUUAUAAGGUGCCAAAGGGAGCUUUCACGGGAGAGAUCAGCCCAGCGAUGAUAAAGGACAUUGGAGCCACCUGGGUGAUCCUGGGCCACUCAGAGCGAAGACAUGUUUUUGGGGAGUCUGAUGAGCUGAUUGGGCAGAAGGUAGCCCAUGCCCUGGCUGAGGGUCUUGGUGUCAUCGCCUGCAUUGGAGAGAAACUGGAUGAGAGAGAAGCUGGCAUCACAGAGAAGGUGGUUUUUGAACAGACCAAAGUGAUUGCUGAUAACGUGAAGGACUGGAGCAAGGUGGUUCUUGCCUAUGAGCCAGUUUGGGCUAUUGGAACCGGUAAAACUGCAACUCCCCAGCAGGCUCAGGAAAUUCAUGAGAAGCUGAGGGGGUGGCUAAAAAGUCAUGUGUCUGAAGCUGUUGCUCAGUCCACUCGGAUUAUCUAUGGAGGUUCAGUCACUGGUGGCACCUGCAAGGAACUGGCCUCCCAGCAUGACAUAGACGGCUUCCUCGUUGGUGGCGCCUCCCUCAAGCCUGAAUUCCUGGACAUUAUCAACGCAAAACACUGAACCGAUCCAUAGAUCCCAAAAGGGAAAACCAUCAUGGAGGGGAAGGAAGGAGAAAUACAGAAACUAUAAGGAAACUCACCCCUCGCCCCUUCACCCAUGACUCCUCUCCCCCAUUCAUUGUUCCUGCUGCUAACUGCUGCCACCCUGCUGGAUUCUGAUUGGCAAAGAGCCUUUUUCCAGAGGCAGGGUUUUAUUAGUCUCCACCUCUUGCCUGUCCUCCCACCCUCAUAAGUGGGCAAAACUCAGUGUGAGCUUGUGGGUGGGUCUGGCUGGCUGUGCCCAUGUGCCUGGUAGGCCAAUCAGAGUCCAUGGCCUGUCUGUCCCUCCCUUCCACCCAUCUCCCUUUGCAGUGCUGCAAUAGGGAGGUCACUUGGCCUGGGGAGAGGAGAGGGAAGGCUGCUUCUUGCACCAGGCAGCCUGUGGCUUGACCAGAUGGGAGGGAGUUCCUGGCAGCUGACAUCCCUGUGAGACAUUGUAGCUUUUCCAUGUCCCUUAACAAACACUGAAUAGAAAUAAACAUGUGGCAGCA